UGGCGUCACAGCUUCUGCAGGACGAACGAGCGAGCGAGGUCGGCCCAGAACGUUCCCGGAGGAGGUAGUCCGCCACACCCACUCCUACCCCUCCAGGCAACAAUGGACUGUCCGGACGCCCGCACGCCACCGGUGGACGGAGGCGGAUCCCGGGCGCCGCCUCCUCUCCGCGGCGGAAACCUCCACUUAGGAGGGGAGGUGGAUUGGGAACCCCUGCUUCCCCCACGGCGGCCGCGCAGUGAGCUCGUCCGGCGCUUUCCACUCCCGGGCCUCUGCGGCGGCGGCCACCAUCCUGCAGCACCUGGGGCCGGGGAGGGUGAGACCAGCCAGCACCCGUGGGCGGGGGGCGGGGGGGCGGCGACGAGGAGGGAGAAACCACCCGAGCGGCGCCAGGAGGAGGGGUGAAGUACUGAGAGGCCGAGACUGGGCGGGGAAAAUCUAGCGCCUUGCCUCGCGGGAAGAAACCAUUUGCUGGAGGGCGAGAAAUGACUCCAUGGACCCCCGGGGGCCAGCCCCACAGUCUUUCCGGAGAGCUGAGAAACCUGGUCGGGUCCGCCGUCGGAAGACCAGACGGGAGCGUAAUGAGGCCCUGGUGGGCAGCCGCCGGCCAUUGGCUCAUCAGGAGCCUCCUGUGGCUAGUCGGAAUCCACCCAUGGACCUCCAGGACCAUGUGGCCCCUACUGCCCCCAAGCUAGUGGUCAUAACCCAGGGCCGGCUAAGCCGGGAGCACCGGGGUCUCUUCAACCAUGAGGUGAAAUCUCUGGACGUGGCACGGCUGCUGAGCAGUGGGUCACUGGAGCCAGACACCCCCACAUUACCCACCAAGCCUUCCCCAAGCCCAGUCAGGGCCCAAGAACCAGGCCCACAGUCAAGGGGCAAGGAGAACCAGGUGCCUGGAGACUCUGGCCCAGGCCCACCUAGUCCCCUAGAGCUGCCUGGCUUGGGGCAGCUGCUAGGGGAGCUGCAGGGCCAGCUGAUUCUGCCACAGGCCUUCCCCAGGAGGAACCUAGUACAAGAGGCCAGAGAUGCCAUCCUGGGUACCUUACAGGUAUGCCAUGGUUGUGUGCCCGACCUUACCCUGGUGCUCCGAGGCGGCCAGCCAUCCUUGUCAGGGACUAAGCCUGGGGACUCUGAGAGACGAAGGAUCAACAGCCCUGAGCAGGCCCCAGGGGAAGGAAGGCAGAGGAGGAGAGGAGGACAGGGGACAAAGGAAUUCACCUUUGCUGUGCCUCACACCUCCAGCACUCUCACUACACACAGAGUGAGCCUGGCUCCACCAAAAGGUCCUUGGCCCCCCACAUUGCCUUCGACAUCUCCGGUGGCCCUGGGCCCCCCAACAGCCUUUGACCUGCUGAAAAGCAUCUGGCUAGUAGCCACACCAUCUCCUUCCUGGCCCUGUGGGGUCAGCACACCACAGUCCCUGCCUCAGCUACCAUCUCCCCUGUUUCCCCGAACCUCUGCCCUUGACUGGAGUCCCUGUCCCCCGGCCCCACUGCCCAGCCUCUCCUAUACAGUGGCCCAGAGCAGCCCAGAGGCCUGGUCCUUUCCACCCAUGAGGCUGUACUAAGGGGACUCAUGCUGGACUAGGGGCAGCACUCCCAAUCACCUCAAUAAAAUACCUUCUUCAAGGUCCU